AUGGGGCCCCCGGGCAAUAGGGGAUCAUGGGGCCCCUGUGUCCUUGCCCAAACUCAAAAAAGCCUAUGAAAAAGAAGGAGGGAUACAUGAAAACAGCGAACAAAAGCCAAGCCAUGCAAUCAAGUGACAAUGCAAUAUGAACAGCCACUUUCACAGAGCCAUCUACAGAGCAGUGCAAGGGGCAGACUGACAACUCAUGGGGCCCCCGGGCAAGAGGGGAUCAUGGGGCCCCUGUGUCCUUGCCCAAACUCAAAAAAGCCUAUGAAAAAGGUACCAGGGGCAUCUCACGGGGCCCCCUACUGACCCUGGGCCCUCGGGCAGUGCCCGAGUUUCCAAAUGAUCAGUCCGCCCCUG